GCAUCGAAAGGCACCACCAUUCUCCGGUCCAGGUGGUGGCGGUAUCGCACCCAGUAGCUGCAUCACCAACCACCACUGACGAAGUAAAAGACGCUGCAGGUUUCUAGGCUGAACCGCUGAGUUACUCGACCGAGCCAAUCAUUUCUACAUUAAAUCAUUUCUAACAGAGUUUUACAGUUAGAUUGGAUCCAGUCAGAAAUCAAAGCUCGGCGUUGUGUCUGUGGAUGAGGAUUUAAAUCUCCGGCCUGCUUUAAAACCCCGAGACCUGUUAUAAUGAGUUCAGCAGGAGACAGACCACACUCCUCCAGAACGUCUCAGGCUGAUGAUCCUGAACCUUCGCAGCUGUGUAAGGAUGUGAAAACAGAGAAUUCAGAUAGAGAGGCGGAGGUCUGGGUGAAGAAAGAGGAGACGCUGGAGCUGAACAUGUACAAUCAUGGAGACGAUUUCGACAACACGCCUGAAGUUAUCGCCAUUAAAGAGGAAGACGCUGCCAAUGAAGACUACCUCUACUGUGAGGUUUGCAAGUCCUACUUCUUCAACAAGUGUGAGGUUCACGGUCCAGCGCUCUUCAUCACUGAUACCCCUGUUCCCAUGGGGGUCCCUGACCGAGCCAGACAAACUCUUCCUCCUGGUCUAGAGAUUCGGAUGUCUGGUAUUCCUGACGCAGGCCUGGGAGUGUUUAAUAAAGGAGAGACUAUUCCAGUUGGUGCACACUUCGGACCCUACCAAGCAGAGCUGGUAGACGGAGAAGAAGCUAUGAAUAGUGGCUGCUCAUGGGUGAUGUACAGAAGUGGUCAGUGUGAGGAAUACAUAGAUGCCAAGAGAGAGAUGCAUGGUAACUGGAUGAGGUAUGUGAAUUGUUCUCGUAAUGGACAAGAGCAGAAUCUCAUGGCCUUUAAGUAUCGAGGUGGGAUUCUGUACCGUUGCUGUCGACCCAUCAACCCAGGACAGGAGCUGUUGGUGUGGUAUGAAGAGGAGUAUGCCAAAGAUUUUGGCCAUGCAUUUGACUACCUCCGGAAUAAACAAUGCUCUACAAAUGACCCUGAUCCGUCUUCAUCUUCAGCAUCAACCAGUGCGACUGACAAGGCAGGGGUUUGGAGUCAUACCGUGACCCUGAUGGAUUCAACUUUCAAAUCAAAUGAGGCACCUGGUCCUCGUGCUGCAGCCGCAAACUGUACCGCUGACACUAGUGCACUGGAAUACUUUACACUUUUCUGGGACGACGACAUAUGGCAGUUGAUUGUUGACAAGACCAAUUUGAAUGCAUUACAUGUUGAGACUGUGAAACCUGCAGACUACUAUGCCAGACAGUGGCAACCACUGACAGUACCAGAGCUGAAGGCUUUUGUUGGACUGCGGUUGGCGAUGGAAUAUGCUGUCAUCAAGCGGCGUUACGAACAGUAUUUUAGUUACAAGACUGGAUACGUGUUCAAAACGCCAGGAUUUCGCAACGUGAUGUGCCGAGACCGCUUUCUUGCCAUUUGGAAAUUUCUCCAUGUCGUUGAUGAACAUGAUCCAAGCAUGGACAAGCAGGACAAGUUGUACAAAAUUCUUCCACUGUUGAACAACAUAAUCAAGAAGUCCCAGGAGAACUACAACCCAGCUCAGGAUCUUUCACUCGAUGAAGGUGUGAUACCUGCAAAGAACCGACUUGCUAUCAAGCAGUGCAUUGCCAGUAAACCCGUCAAGUGGGGCAUCAAGAGCUUUCUCCUGUGCGAGAGUAAAACUGGUUAUGUUUACAACAUCGAGAUUUAUUCCGAAGUAAACAAAGGUCCAGUUCAACUUUUCUCCUGCUCAUUGUGUCCACUUUAUUAUACGUCUCAAACUUACCUCAACAAACACAUCCAGAGCUACCACUACGAGGAGUACAUGAGCGAGAAAUCAGGAGAAAGUCGGAUGCCAACAAACAGCCCCAGUAAUCAGCAAACAUCUGGUACUCUUAGUUCCAACACCUCUCAGAAAGAACUACAGAAGAAAAUUCACAUUUGCUCAGAUGGUGGAAACGGUUUUACUCAGCAGAGUGCUCUCAAAACAUAUCAGUGCAGUCAAACCGGAGAGAUGCUGUAUCGCUGCUUGCAGUGUGACAAGAGUUUUAAUAAAAAAAGUAAUCUCAGAAAACACCAACGCAUUCACACCGGAGAGAAACCGUAUCACUGCUCACAAUGUGAAAAGAGUUUUAUUCAAAAAAGCGAUCUCCGGCAACACCAGAGAAUUCACACAGGAGAGAAGCCGUAUCAGUGCUCACAGUGUGGGAAAUGUUUUACUCAUCAGAGUCAUCUCCAACUACACCAGCGCAUUCACACAGGAGAGAAACCGUAUCACUGCUCACAGUGUGGAAAGCGUUUCAAUCAAAAGAGCAACCUCCACGUCCAUCAGCGCAUUCACACGGGGGAGAAGCCGUAUCACUGCUCACAUUGUGGAAAGAGUUUUACUCUACAGAGUCAUCUCCAUGUCCACCAGCGCAUUCACACGGGAGAGAAGCCGUAUCACUGUUCACAGUGUGAGAAGAGUUUUACUCAUCAGAGUCAUCUCCAACGACAUCAGCGCACUCACACAGGAGAGAAACCGUAUCACUGCUCAGAGUGUGAGAAGAGUUUUAAUCAUCAGAGUCAUCUCCAGCGACACCAGCGCACUCACACAGGAGAGAAGCCGUAUCACUGUUCACAGUGUGGGAAGAGUUUCUCUCAACAAAGUACUCUCCAACUACACCAGCGGAUUCACACAGGAGAGAAGCCGUAUCACUGCUCACAAUGUGGAAAGAGGUUUACUUAUUCACUUACGUUUAAGACGCACAAGUGCACUAACACAGACCCAUUACAUUAUUUGAAUUAUGUGUCAAAUUAAAUAUGACUAUCAUUACUUUCUUGGCUUAAAAUGGUCCGUGUAAACUGUGUUUUUGCAUUUUAUUUAUCUUCUUUCUGUGGAAGACAAAGCAUAUAAUGUUAUUUUAAUGAUUCAUAUUCUUAUUUUAAUAUUUGCUUUUGAUUUUAAUUACCUUAACAAAAAAAGUAUGAAUUCUGUGACGGUAAUUUAAGUCACUAUAGUCCAUAGUGCAGCGUAACCCUGCAUUCACACUAGCAAGGUACAGCAUGUCAGGUGGUGAUUAAUUUUCUGUGUAUACAUGUGACAUGCAACCAUGAUUUCAGAAACAGUAGUGAAUGACAAAGUGACAGCACAGCAAGUGCCAUGUGAGUUGAGAUUUUCUUAACUUGAUGUAAAUUACGUAUGACAAAUAAGUAACAAAUUCAAAUGUCUGAUUGAAUGAUACCUCGGACCAAAUGACUGACUCAAAUGAUUCCUUUUACCAAUUGUUGUUGGUGUGUGUGUGUGUGUGUGUGUGUGUGUGGCAGAUUUUGUUUUACAACUGUUUUUACCUUAUCAUGUCAUAUAUAGCAGUCAACCAUAACAUUAAAACCACCUGCCUACUAUUGUGUAGGUCCCCCUUGUGCUGUCAAAACAUCUCUGACACAUGGAUGCAUGGACUCCACAAGACCUCUGAAGGUGUGCUGUUGCAUCUGGCACCAAGACGUUAGCAGCAGAUCCUUUAGGUCCUGCAAGUUUUUGAUUGAGAUCUGGGGAAUUUGGAGGCCAAGUCAACACCUUGAACUCUUUGUCAUGUCAUCAAACCGUUCCUGAACAAUUUUUACAGUGUGUCAGGGAGCGUUAUCCUGCUGAAAGAUGACGCUGCCAUUAGGAAAUACUGUUACCAUGAAGGGGUGUACUUGGUCUGCAACAAUGUUUAGGUAGGUGGUACAUGUCAAAGUAACAUCCAAAAUGGAGACAGUAUUUCGACAAUGAAUUGAAAUUGGCAUUUUAUUUUCACAAAUAAUUGCAAUUAUAUGAAAUAUCAGAAGACAAGCAGUUGCUUGUUUUAUAUGGCUCUAUAACUGCCCUUAUAUUAUUAAGCCCAUGGGUCUGGGAGGUAUUGGUGGAGAGACACUUCACAAAGUUUCUGGCUGCAGCAUUUUAGAAUGUCAUGGCCCAUGUUUGAGAUGCUGUGUCAACUGAUUGUCCUGAUGUUGCACCCGGUUGUUCUUCCUUAGACCAUUUUUGGUAAGUACUAACCACUGCAUAAUUCCCCACAAGACCUGUUGUUUUGGAGAUGAUCUGAUCCAGUCGUCUAGCCAUCACACUUUGGCUCUUGUCAAAGUCGCUCAAAUCCUCACGCUUGCCCAUCUUUCCUGCUUUCAGCACAUCAACUUUGAGAAUUGAAUGCUCACUUACUGCCUAAUAUAUCCCAUCCCUGGACAUGUGCCACUGUAGUGAGAUACUCAGUGUUAUUCACUUCACUUUUCAGUGGUUUUAAUGUUAUGGUUGAUUGGUGUAUGACUCAUUAAACGAGUAUAGAGAAAGCUUGGAAAGAAGCAGCAGAAAUCAUUGGUGACUCUGGAGUGUUUGUAGCUAUGACUGUUAGAUUGUGCUGCUAAUAGCUAAUACAAAGAUUAGCAUGUAACAUAUAAAUCAAGCACCUAAUAUUCAUAUUGAUUGUGUUAUUUAAUUUGUGUUUAAUAAGUUAAAGAUGUAUAGAUAUAUAGGCAUAUGGUAGUGCUUCUGGUAGCUAGUGGCUAGUACAGUUAGCUUGCAUGGCUAACAAUGCUAUUAUGAAGCCUGGAAUAUCAGACAACCUAAAAAGGUUUAACACUAUUUUCACUUAUCAGAGUUCUGUACAAUUUAACGACAAAUAUAUUAGUAGUAAAUCUUGUUCUAUAAGAUAUACAUUUUGGCUACUACCCUAUCUCCAAGAAUGUGAACGCAGGGUAAGAAUAAAGCAGAAUCUCAUACACCAGAAAGUUCCACUGUCACUAAACGGAAGAUGCAUGUGGGAAUUUGCAUAGAUGUCAACUAUAUGCUGCCAAUUCUGCUAGGUGUACAAGUGUAGGUGUGUCUGAAUCAUCCCAAACAUUACUCAAAAGGCUACUGAAUUUUGGACAUUGAAGUACAUUUACUGGCCAUGCAUCAGGCCAUCUGACUAAAAGUUCAUUAUGGUAAUCUAAAGUUUAUAUUUGAAGUACAUUCUUAAGAAAAAAUAUUCUGUUCUGUAUUGGUAUUUGUAACUGUGUAUGGGUAUCCUUAAUGUGGUUUGCUAACAUAGACACCUAGGUCAGGUCCUGUAACUGGAUAUGACCGUGUGUCCACUACGCAACAGGGGAAGUCAGUGCUGAGUUGGAAUUAAAUGGUAAUAUUAUGCUAGCCAACUUUUUGUUGGCUGGACAUUUACUGUACUUAAGUACAAUUACUGUACUUUUACUGUAUUAACUGCACACUCAUAAUUGUAUGUAUAUAGAGAAUUGGUAAUUGGGAGAUAAAAUGGGUGGAACCAUGUAACCAACUGCCAAUCGCUGAACCAGUAAUAACCAUGACUUAACAUCUCAAAUUUAAACCUAUCAGCACCAGUUGGAAUUCCUUGGAGUUGCAAUACUGGUUAGUUGAGCAGUCUAAUCCAAAGCCAUUUUACACAUUAAUUGUUAUUUUAUCUUUGUACAUUGUAAAUAAACUAAGUAUACAUGUG